AUGCACUCUGGGCCUGACGGCAACCUGAUAAUUCAUUUGGAGCUGUGCGUCUCAGAGGGAAAUAUCUCUCCGUCUCUGGAGCUGCUGAACACGGUGUCCUCCAGCCAUGUGUCUCGUGGUCUGCUGUCUGGUCCUGAGCAGGUAGUGGGCCGUGGCUUUUUGGGGCUUUCCCCCAGAAAACAGCUGCUUGCUGCAGCCGUCAGAAAAGGUCUUCCAAAAUGGCCCCUGCUCCUGCUGGUCCUCCUGUGCCCAGCGCAGGGCCCGCUGUCUGGGGCCGUGAGCGCCCAGGACGGGGCCGGGGCCCACGAAGACCUCCGGGCCGGAAACGUGACAGAGGUCGUGGCUGAAGAGGGAGAAACCACUGAGGGUGCAGGUGAGGAAGAUGAGCAGGUAGCCGAAGAGGAGAAUGAAGAAGAGUCAGAUGAUGAUGAUGAAGAGGAAGAUAAUGAAGAAGAGGAGGAAGAGGAGACUGCUGAGGAAGAGGAGGGGCAAGAAAAGGAAGAGGCUGACGAUGAGGAGGAAGAAGAGGCUGACGAUGAGGAGCAAGAAGAUGCUGAUGAUGAGGAGGAUGCAGAGGAAGACAAGGAAGAGGGCGAGGAGACUGCAAAUGAGGAAGAGGAUGACUCUGAAGAAGAGCAAGACGAUGAAGAGGGGCAGAUGGUUAUAGAUGAGGAAGACGAUGCUGAAGAGGAGGAAGACGAUGAACAGGGGGAGGAGGCUGCAGAUGAGGAAGACGAUGCCGAAGAAGAGGAAGACGACGAACAGGGGGAGGAGGCUGCAGAUGAGGAAAAUGAGGAUGAUGCUGAAGAAGAAGAGGACGCCGAUGAGGCAGCAGUGGAGGAGGAAGAGGAGGCUUCUGAAGACGAUAAUGAUGCAACUGAAGUAGUUGAGUUAGCUGAAGAAGCGGAAGAAAAAGAAGAUGAUGAAGAAGCAACUGAAGCAGAGGAAGAUGACGCAAAGGAAUCGAGCCAAGAGGAGGCUGACAUGCUGCAAUUCCGCUCCGGCUCUUUGUGUAGCGUUUGCUCCAUCUGUGAGUACUGCUCUAAUAACUGUGGCGAAUGCCCGUGUGAAGAGGGAGAGGAGUCCGACCACUGUGAGCACUGCCAAGAAUGCUCAUCCUGCUACAUUUGCCCAAUACUGUGUGACACCAUUUGCACACCAGGUGGCCUUAUUGACGAGCUAACUGGGACCCUCUUUCAGUAA